AUGGCUCACGAAUAUGAUGAGGAGGCGCGUAGCGCCUCUGAUAAGCAUCCCAAUGAAUUCAGCACUGCAGCUGCUUCGUCGACAGGGCCCCUAGCUGGUCCUUCGAACCAGGUUCAGGAAGAGUACGACGUCGAGACGGUCGAAAAGGUCUACAGGAAACUUGACCUUCGCAUUAUUCCAGCUUUUUGGACGCUCUACUUCCUGUGCUCGGCCAUCAGGUCCAACAUCGGCAUCGCCCAGACCAUGAACGCUGCACAAGGUCAUGACUUGAUGACAGUGUUGGGACUAACCCCCAAGGAUACAUCCACUGCUCUAGCUCUGUUCUACGUGGCCUAUGUCAUUUUCGAUUGCCCCUCUAACAUCGUCAUGGCAAGGCUAAACCCUCGAGUGUGGAUGGCCCGCAUUGUCAUCGCUACCAGCAUCGUGGGCGCUUGCUUCACAGCCGUUCAAAGUGCCUGGAGUGUCAAGCUACUUCGAUUCCUGCUUGGUGUCGUUAUUGCUGGCAUGUGGCCUGGCAUGUCCUACUACUUGACCUUGUUCUACCCGCCUUCUCGGACAGGCAAGAGAAUCGGCUUCUACUUCACAGCUUCUCAACUCUCUGCAGCUGUCGUCGGCCUUGUAUCUGCCGGAUUCCAGCUCAUGGAUGGCAUGGGAGGCUUAGUCGGUUUCCGUUGGAUGUUCCUUCUUUACGGUCUUGUUGGCAUCGUUCUGGGUUUCUCCCUGCUUUGGUGGCUUCCAGACCGUCCUCUUCCACCCGGCCAGAAGCGCGAGCGUUCCACGUGGAUGAAAUGGCUGCCGCCUACGCCAGAGGCUCUCUCCGGACACGACGCAAUCGUUCAUUACCACGAACUUCGCAGGGUCUACCACCCCCGGCCGUGGAAUGUUAAAGAUCUUGGCCGAGUCCUCAUUGAUUGGCGUCUCUGGCCGCUGACUAUGAUGUACUUUGGAGUUGUUGGUGUUGGCAUUGGAACGCAGCUCUAUGGGUCCGUCAUUAUCCGGUCUAUCGUACCCAACGCGUCGAGCAUCGAAGUCAGCUUGCUCUUUGCGCCUAUCUGGAUUAUGGAUUUGAUCGCCAUCCUGCUGAUUAUGCCCAUCUCUGAUCGGUUCCACAGGCACAGGCCUUUCAUCUUCUCGGCCGCUGUGUGCAUCCAGAUUGCUGGACUUCUAGUUGUUACUUUUGCCCUGGAUAACGGUUGGGCCCGGUACGGUGGCCUUUUGAUGGUCGGUUUUGGUCUGGGUCCGACCGUCCCCAACUGCAUGACCUGGACAAACGAAAUCUUCCAACGCCGUCACGGUGAAGUCGGUGUAGCUGCAGCAUCUGCACUUGUUUCGGGCCUUGGAAACCUCGGAAGUAUUGUUACGACCUACGCGUUGUACACAGGUUGGCCGGCGGACUCCGUCAAGGGUCGUUACCAAUACCGCAAGAGCAACUACGCCAUGAUCGGAAUUCUGUGCAUGAGCAUCGUUAGCAGCUUCGCCAUGUUGGUUUUGCUCAAGAUCUUUGGCAACCCGCCGGCGAAGAAGGCCUCACUUGACUCAUCCAGUGAAAUCGAAGACGGCGCAGCAAGACGCGAAGCUCGAGAGCGCGGUCUCGGCAAGCUGUUUGGCGCGGGCAACCAGGGUCAGGAAGCCUAG